UUUUUUAAAUGUUAAAAAAUAUUCAAAGCUAGCCGGUGGUCCGAAAUGGGUUAAACCAUUUGACUUAUAUACAUCUGACACGCAUUGAUAUCUGCAACCAUAUGAACAUCAAGUCAAAGUUUUCGAAUUUUAGAUUAUAGUUGUGACAUUUUAACAGCUGCUCUAAGGCACAAAGUAGUUUGCGGAAUAAUAAAUAUUUAAUUCAAUUGAAAUAAAUUAUUAUAACAACUGAAACCGGCAAAAAAUUAAAAAAAUCACUUUUUUAGUUAGUUGGUUAUUGGUAAAUAUGUCGCCUGAAACUUGUUUUGGUAAACAGUACAGCUUUCUGACGUAAACUGAAUAUUCUAUAUAAUCUGUGAAGCAAUAUAUUUGAACCGCCUUCGGAAGAAAAAGUUCACUAUUGGUGUAACCUUUUGUAGAAAAACUGUUAUUUUUCACAGGUGCUGCGUAGGAGUAAAGUAAAAUACGUGACUUCAUGCCAAUUUUAGUAGUCUAAAUUAAGUGUAAAAACCAUGCAGUGUGUUAGCAAUGAUGGACAUAAAACAAAAAAUUUAGUUUUGUAUCAAAUAUGUGACGAAGUUCCAGUACAGGGUUUUAUAUACCAAAUACCACAAAUACAACCAGUUCAGCAAGUGUCGCAGGUUCAACAACUGCAACAAGUUGCGCAAAUUCCGCAGGUAACGCAAGCACCGUCGGUAACUACAGUUCAAUCAGCAUCUUCAGUUCAGCAAUCAUCUCAUUUUGUAACAAAUAUACAAGCGUCUUCUACAAAUUUGCAAACUUCAUAUCAUAAACCACCAGUCGCACCAGCUAAGUCACCUAAUUUGCAAAUAUCCAGUACUUCAAAGAAAUCGUUUUCACCUAUACGCAAAACAAACAAACAUAACUCCGGUUUAAGGGUUCGGAGUGCUUCCACGGGCCGUGAUAAAAAGUCAGAACUUCAAGCACGUUAUUGGGCAUUGUUGUUUGGAAAUUUGCAGCGCGCUGUAAAUGAAAUUUACCAAACUGUAGAGUGUUACGAAAAUAUAUCAUCCUGCCAAGAAGCAAUACUUGUUUUAGAAAAUUACGUGCGAGACUUUAAAGCACUAAGCGAGUGGUUUAAAGUAUCAUGGGACUAUGAAUCAAAACCGCUCCAACAAAGGCCUCAGUCGUUAGCGUGGGAAGUCAGAAAAAGUAAUCCAGUACCUCGAGUGCGCGCAAAAAGUUUAUCUAGCCCAAAUGCAUCUGGCCAUUCGAGUCCAGGUUUGAGCCAUUGUAGUUUGGGUAAGACUUCUCCAUGUUGUGGCAAUAAUGCGGCGUCACCUCAAAAAGGCUUUCGAGCAUACGAUGCAGUUCCAAAGAAUGCGAUGCGUGUUAAUGUGCGGGAAUUAUUUUCGUCUAGUCGAAAACCUAUGGAUGAGUAUACAGAAAAUGAUCAACAUUACAUAAAUUAUUCUGAUGGAUCUCACGUUAUUCAUCCACAAUAUGAAAACCAUAUUGAAUUAGAACGAAAACAAGAUCUUGUUGAUACGCCGCAGUUAUGCAACCAAUAUUCGCAAACUGAACUUGAGGAUGACCAUUUAACACUGGUGGAUAUAUUGGAGAAAAUACGUUUAGCUAAAGAAAAAGAAAAUGGUGAAAACAAUGAAGUUACUUCGUUUAAUAGUACUCCCAAUAGUUUAAGUACUGAGGCCGAUUUAAAUAUGAUUUCAACAGAUAUUUCGGAAAAUCAAUUUCAAGACAUAACAUCUCAUAACCAAGACGCUCAAAUAUAUUGUUCACAAAUUGCCGCAAACCAAGAGCCAAAAUACUUUGAAAUUGAAAAUAAUGAAAAUCGUACGUCCGAAAUAAAUCCCGCAGUUAACACUACAACUUUAGCAAGCACGCAUUAUGAAUCUGACGCAUACGAAAGUACAACUACUAAGUCUGCUGCAUCAAUCACUAAUGACAGUAAUAUUCAUUUGGAAUGUAAGAUUAAAACCUCUGUAGAUAAGAAUAGUAAUGCUCUAAAUUGCUCAAUAUCAAAUGUUACUGCUGCAUCUCAAAAAGAACCAACUGCCUUAGAACUGACUAUUCAAAAAAUGAAUGAAAUGGAAAAUAAAGUAUUAAUGAAAGAUUCUCAAAAAAAUCCAACGCCGCCAAAUGCUGUAUUGAAACAGGUCGAACCUGUUGCUAAAUUAGAUAAUUCCUUAAAGAGUAGUACUAUUGCAAAAGUUGAGCCUACAUCAAAAGCACCAACUAAUGCAAAAGUUGAGUCAAUAGCAAAAGUUGAACAAACUAUUAAAACGGUUUCAUCAUUAGAUGGUCAAAAAAAUGUAAAAACUCUUGCAGCUACAAGUCCUAUUAAAUACUCAAGCGUUUUAAAUCGAUCAGUAACACCUCUACAACGUAAUUCUCCAAGAACGCCUGUUCGUGCUAGCGUUACAACGUCAUCAGUUAAUAAAUCUAAAAUAAUAAAUAAAACAUCAACAACUACAGUCACAAAGCGUCCAGGUUUCAGUGUAGUUAACAACAUAGCUCAGCCACAACGAAAUUCAGCUCGUUACUCAAAUAAUUUACCUCAACGCGUGCUCACUAAAUCAAAUGCCAACGUACUGCAAACAAAUUCAUCGAACCAACUCUCCGUAAGAUCUCGAACUAUGCUUGAUAUUAAUACUGAUAAAACAAAUCCAAAAGCUUUGCGAAACUCCACGUCGUCUGUUCAAAGAUCAUCUCAUGAAGAUAUUGAAAGUUCAACAUCGACGCUUAAAGCGAGUAAUGAACUUAUUUCUUCUUCACGUGGUAGUCUCGUUCAAGGUAGUAAGAUCAACGACCGACGUUCUGAGCCAAAGCAACUUCCUUCUGAAGCCAAUGGUGGUUGGCUCACAGUCAAGAAUCGCCGUCGAUCAAGUAUGCAUUGGUCAAAUCGGUUUAAUCAACCUACAGGAUAUGCCAGUCUUCCAACGCUCGCUCUACUUAAUGAGAAAAGUGGUAGUGAAGAGCGACAACAGAAACCAAAAAAAACAAACACUGCGGCUUCGACGGCAAUACUCGCGUCCACAAAGAAGCAGUCAAACGCACAAAAGCAAGCAUCAGAUACUUCAUCGACAGCCAUAACAAAAUCUUUGGAAAAGAAACACUCCAAUGCACAAACACCAGUGUCAACAAAUGUAGCAAUGACAGCUUCGGAAAAGAAGCAGCCAACCGCACAAAAGCUAGCGGGAUCGUCAAAUAGACAAACCAAGCAGUUGAAAACACAAAAAGUAACUGAAAAAGUAAAACCAAAUUUACGAUCAGAUAAAAAAAGCUCCAAAACAAAAGGAAGUAUACCAGCUGUACAACAAAAACAAUUACCUGCGCAAUCACAAAAGCUGACAAAUCCGGUACAAAUAGUUAAAAGCAAUUAUUUGCCCUCUAUACGACCAGCUAUAAUUAAACGUCAAAAAUCUGACUUAACUGGCCUUAAAAUGACGUCCUUACACAAGGAAUAUAUGCGAAGUGAAAAGAAUGCGCAACGGAAGCAAAGUGACCAAACUACAGCCAGUGAGGAGGAGCGCUUCAGUGAUAUAAAUGCAAAACAUGGAAGUACGGAGAAAAAUGGCAAAAAAGGAAAUUCCGACGCGCAAAAUAAAAUUGAUAUUAAAAUACAAACAAACUGCGAUUUUUCGAAAACAAUUGUUGAUCUCUAUGAGAGCAUUUCGCCGAUUUCGAAAUUAGAGCCUAAACUUCCAAACAAUGAGAAUAACUCGGACGCUUUGUCCAGCUGUGAUGAACACGAUGAAACAUUAACAAAUGACUUAGAAUUUGAUGAAGAGCAUCAGCGUAAGUUGGUUGAAGAACAAGAGUCCUUAGAGCGUCAGAUACGGGAAUUAGAAAAUAGUGAGAUCGAUGUCGAUACUGAAACAGAUGAAACUGAUUGCGAAGUAGUUUUAGAUAAUGAACAUGAUAGUGAUGAUGCUGAGGCAAUGAUAAAUACAGCACUUGAUGAUGUUUUCUCUGUAAAUAAUGAAUCUGAGAGCGAUGCCAAUUUGAGUUUAGAAAUGCGUUAUCAUGCAUUGCUUUCGGAUAUGUCAUGGGGUGAACGUGAAGAAACGUUAGCAACAUUACAAGCAUACGUCUCACGACAUCCUGGUCGAGCACAACUUUUACAUCAAAAACUAUCAUCGCCAUCACGCAGACGUUCCCUGCAGGAAACUUUAAAAAAAUAUCAAGCAAAGCAAGCCCGUGCUCAGCAAAAACGUGAAUUAUUGCAGAAGGAGAAGGCAGUAAAAAUUCAGCAAUUAUUAACACGUGUGGAAGGAGUCAAAGCUGCAAAACAACAAUUAAUAGAAAACAGGAGAGCGAAAAUGGAGGAUCGUUUGCAGCGAGCUGCAGAAAAUCGUGAGCAGUUUUUGCGACAAAUUGUAGAGAAAGCCCAUGAUGAGGAGAAGAAACUUAAAGAAAUAAAUUUUAUUAAAAAUAUUGAGGCACAAAAUAAGAGACUUGAUUUGAUUGAAUCUUCUAAAGAAACUGAAGGCAGACUACAAGACCUAGAGCAUGAGAGACAAAAACGUUUAGAAGAAAAAGCUGCAAAAGAAGCUGCUGCCGAACGUCGUCGUCAAGAAAUGGAGAAAGAACGACAACGUAAAGUUGAAAAAAUAAAUGAGAGUCGUUUAGAAAAGGAGCAACGAAUUGGAAAAAGACAAGAACUUAAAGAGUUGCAACGACAAGCUUUGGCAAGGGAAAAACGACGAGAUCGCGAAGAGCGACUUUUGGCUUUGCAAGCUCAACAACAGCAGUCAAUAGAAGAGCUUCAGCGUAAAAUAUUACAAAAGCAGCAAGAGUAUGCACGUCGUCACGAAGAAAAUAUUGAGCAUAUACGUCAACGUGCUCUAGAACUUUCGAUUCCAACUCGAAACGUUGAUGAUAAUGAACGUACUGAAGAUGGCGGUGCGGCUGGAGGUGACGAAUGCGAAAUUUCUUCUACCAUUUCAGAUAAUGGAAGCCGCGAACAAUCGCGUGCGUUCAGAAAGAAAUUAAACAAAAUCAAAAAUCGUUUGCAAACCGCAACUGAAUCGUACUUCAAAGAACUGGAACCUUUGCCAGCAAACAUAAAACGAACUAGUGAAAUACCAAAAUUCCUGAAUGUUAUUAUAAAAGGUGGUGGUAAUCCUGGAUAUGAAAGGCCAUUGGGACAAAUAAUUCGUUUGCUGCAAAAAGCUGCUAUUAAUGACUUUCAGUGUUUUUAUCUUUUGGAUGGAUUGGGUACCAUAAGUAGUCUCGUUAUCACUGCAGGAAUGCAACCUAAUUCGGGAAUUAGUAGAAAAGCAACUGUUCUCGCCGUUCAAUUGUACCGUGACGCUUGUACAAAUUGUCCGCAAAUAGCUCGUCACGCUAUUUUAGGGAACACCAUCUUACAGAUUUUCGAUGCGCUCAACAAAAGCUUGCAGACUUCCGAUAGUAGGGUACCGCCACUUCCUGUGGAUAUAGCCACUGAGUUAACAUUGGUUUGUACCGUUGUUUUAUCAUCAACCUAUAUCAAGAAGAGUUGCCACCCUAAAGUUGUGGAACGCCUACCGGAUUUGUUGAGUUAUGCUGUGAUGAUUGGACUCAUUGAUGUCCUUUCGCAACAUUGCCUUUCCAUCCAAGGUCCCAUUAGCGAAGAUGCAAACCUUAUGCUCUCAACCUUAGCCACAGUUGGAUUAUUAACGAGGUUCGUGGAUAUAUGCCCAAAUGUUUCAGGAUCGUACGACGCGUCUAGAUUCCUGCAAACGAUAAAAUCAACUCAAAUAUUUGGUGCUAUUUCCUGCCUUUACGUUAAUAUUGCAACUGCUGGUGAUGAUGUAACAGUGAAGAUGAUUUCUCUUGCUGCAACUUCCUUCAAUUUGUUUAUAUCUUUAGCAGUAUUAGAUCCAGCAACAUAUCAGGAAAUAUUGCAAUGUGAAAAAAUGAAAUGUCAACUUCUUGAUUGCAUCGACAUUCUUUUGAGACAUUGUGUUAACAAUUAUCCUGAAGGAGCAAACGCCAAUAGCGAUGGCAAAGCUGUGAUUAUUGAUAUUAUAGCAGCAAUUGGUUUCUUUAGCUUGAACAAUAAGAAGAAUCAGGAUACUCUUGUUUUUGACAAGUAUAAGGAUAUUGUUAUAAACUUAACAAAAUUACCUCAUGAAAUGGACGUUGUGGUUUUGCCUUGCUUUACCGUCUUGAUACAUAAACAUAACAAGAUGCGUAAUUUAUUAGCCAAAACUUUCGAUAUAGAACAAGUGGACGCAUAUAGAAAAUCGGAUAAGGCUAAAACCAGUCAUUUGGUAGCGCGUCUUAAAUAAUUUCUUCAAAGGACAUCAGUUUUAAAAUCACAAUUUUUUUUACAUCAAUUAAUGAAUUAU